AUGGGAGCUUUAACAUGGCUAUCUGUUGUCGCUGCGGCGGCGUCGACGGCCUUGGCCAUGACCCCCGAGAAGAUGAUCAGCGCUCCCAGAAGAUCUGAAGUUAUCCCCAACCCAUCGGGUGAAAUCGGUGUCUUCUCGACGUCGCAAUACUCGUUUGAGAAGCACAAGCGGUCCUCGUGGUGGAGUCUGUUGGAUCUGAAGACUGGUCAAAGCAAGAUCCUCACCAACGACAGCAGCGUGUCUGAGAUCCUCUGGUUGGGCACCGAUGACUCGACCCUUCUGUAUGUCAACGGCACCAACGCAGAUGUCCCAGGAGGUGUUGAGCUGUGGGUGACUCAGGUUUCGAGCUUCACCAACGGAUACAAAGCAGCCUCCCUGCCAGCCGCCUUCUCUGGUUUCAAGACCGUCACGACCAAAUCCGGCGAUAUCCGUUUCGUCGCCUACGCCCAGUCCUAUGCCAACGGUACGGCGUACAAUGAAGAGCUCGUCGAGAAGCCCCUUAGUUCGGCCCGGAUCUAUGAUAGCAUCUACGUGCGCCACUGGGACUCCUACCUCACCACCACCUUCAAUGCCGUCUUCUCCGGUACCUUGAAGAAGGGCAAUAACAAGAAGGGCUACACCCUGGAUGGGGCUGUCAAGAACCUGGUUUCCCCCGUCAGGAACGCCGAGAGCCCCUACCCACCCUUUGGCGGAGCUUCCGACUACGACCUGUCCCCCAACGGCAAGUGGGUCGCUUUCAAGAGCAAGGCUCCCGAGCUACCCAAGGCCAACUUCACCACGGCCUACAUCUACCUUGUGCCCCAUGAUGGCUCGGAGAAGGCGUUCGCCAUCAACGGCCCGGACAGCCCUGGCACGCCCAAGGGCAUCAAGGGUGAUGCCAACAGCCCCGUGUUCUCGCCAAACAGCGAGAAGCUUGCCUACCUCCAGAUGAAGGAUGAGACGUAUGAAGCUGACCGCCGCGUCUUGUACGUCUACUCGAUCGGCUCCAAGAAGACCAUCCCCAGCGUGGCUGGAAACUGGGACCGCUCGCCCGACAGCAUCAAGUGGACCCCCGAUGGAAAGACCCUGAUCGUCGGAAGCGAGGAUAAGGGCCGCUCGCGCCUGUUCGCCAUCCCUGCCACCGCGCGCGAUGACUUCAAGCCCAAGAAUUUCACCGACGGCGGCGCGGUCUCGGCCUACUACUUCCUGCCCGAUCGCAGCCUGCUGGUCACUGGUACCGCCAUCUGGACGAACUGGAAUGUCUACACGGCCAGCCCGGCCAAGGGAGUCAUCAAGACCCUUGCUUCGGCCAACGAGAUCGACCCCGAGCUCAAGGGACUGGGUCCUUCUGACGUGAGCGAGAUCUACUUCAAGGGCAACUGGACCGACAUCCACGCCUGGGUCGUCUACCCCGAGAACUUCGACAAGUCCAAGAAGUAUCCCUUGGCGUUCCUGAUCCACGGUGGUCCCCAGGGCUCGUGGGCCGACUCGUGGAGCUCAAGAUGGAACCCCAAGACCUUCGCCGACCAGGGCUACGUCGUUGUCGCACCCAAUCCCACCGGCAGCACCGGCUUUGGCCAGAAACUCACCGACGAGAUCCAGAACAACUGGGGCGGUGCCCCCUACGACGACCUCGUCAAGUGCUGGGAGUACGUUAACAAGAACCUCCCCUUCGUCGACACGGAGCACGGCAUCGCGGCCGGCGCGUCCUACGGCGGCUUCAUGGUCAACUGGAUCCAGGGCAACGAUCUGGGCCGCCGGUUCAAGGCGCUCGUCUCGCACGACGGCACCUUCGUCGCCGACGCCAAGAUCUCCACCGACGAGCUCUGGUUCAUGCAGCGCGAGUUCAACGGCACCUUCUGGGACGCCCGCGACAACUACCGCCGCUUCGACCCCUCCGCGCCCGAGCACAUCCGCCAGUUCGGCACCCCGCAGCUCGUCAUCCACAACGAUAAGGAUUACCGGCUGGCCGUCGCGGAGGGCCUGUCGCUGUUCAAUGUGCUCCAGGAGCGUGGUGUGCCGAGUCGCUUCUUGAACUUUCCGGAUGAGAACCAUUGGGUCGUCAACCCCGAGAACAGCCUCGUGUGGCACCAGCAGGUGCUCGGCUGGAUCAACAAGUACUCUGGCAUCGAGAAGAGCAACCCCGGCGCUGUCAGCCUGGAUGAUACGAUCGUCCCGGUUGUCAACUACAACUAA